GUAAAAUUCAUGUUCAAUGCAUUGGUUCUCUGACAGGCCUGUUAUAUUGUAGAAGUACGACCUAAGGUAGAUUCGAAAACCCUUGUUGACACCUCCUUAUCUCCAACACCAAAUUAACCACACCAGAAGGUGAUGAUGGCAACUAGAACAAAUCAUUAUCGUCGAUCGAUGAAAGCUGUUGGAAUCAGAUUCAGAACUCUUCCGACGAUUCUGCUGACGAGCAGGCUCCUGUUUUCGUUGCUGCCGUCGUACGCCACGGCAUUGUCCUAUUCAACACAGAGCAGUAAAAGUGAUGGGAUUAGCGAAGUCUCAACCUGCUCACAUUCGUAUUCAUAUCGAACGGUACAGGUUCAGGUCGUUCAUCGCCACGGAGAUCGGACUCCCAUCACCCCUCUGAAAAACGAGGAAUACUGGAAAAAUCAACUGGUCCCGGAAGAAUUGCUAGAGAGGGUUGCUGCCGGAACUAUGGUGUUGCGAAACGGCGACACUGACAACAACAAUGUCAAAAAUCAAUUGGAGGUGCAUGCGGCUGCCGGAAAAGGGCCUUUUGGAAAACUGACCAAACUGGGCCUGUUGGGCAUGAUUCAGGUGGGAACUAGCCUGAGGGAAGAACUGGAAGAAUCAACGAAUUGGUCCGAAGUCACGAACGCGGCAAAAGCAAUUGCCACCACGAUGGUUUCAUCGUCACCAUCGAUUGGAAGCGAAGCUAACCACAACGACGAUGGCUACCUCGAUCAAAACAGAGGACUACAGCAGCAUGGAAGAAUAAAACUCACACCAAACGACAUCAAGGUUUAUUCGACUGAUUUUGACCGGACUAUUCAAAGCGUUCAGGGACUUCUGCUGGGCUUCUUCCCCGAUGCAAAUGACGACGAAACCACUAUAUCCAUCGACUGUCGGGACACUACCUGUUGGAUGAUCCCCGAUCCGCAACCGAGGCAGACCCAAGAACAAAAAGUCUUGGAACAAGCACUCGCUCGGCGACCACACAUCUUGGAAAAAGAAGCGUUGCUUCGGCCCCUAGCGGUUCGCUGUACACGUGCGCUCUUGCCCCUCCUCGGAGACGGCGCCUUUGGCGUCUCCUUUGGAGUCGACGAAAGCGACGACGACAAUGAGGACAUCCAGGUCCUGUCUUGGAUCCAACUCACCGAGAUCACCAAGUGUCUCAGAACGAGGGACAUGCUACCCGAUUCCAUCACCGAGGAUGACCAAGAGGCGCUCUCGGCCCACACGGCCUGGAAGUGGUUUCAGUCCCUUCGGUCUCCGCGACUGGCCCAUAUUGCCAUGCGUAGCUUUACCCAAAACAUAAUUCGUACCAUGGAACAGAGAGACCAAGAGCCGCCUCUUAUUGUCUACAGCGGCCACGAUUCCUCUCUGAUCGGUCUGAUGUGCGCCCUGCACCUCGAACAACCCAGCGUUUGGCCCGAAUACGGAGCGGUUUUGAAAUUGGAACUGUUGGAGAAGAGAAAAGAGCACAACAACGACGCACUCGAUGGAGGCGAAGCCCCCGUCAAUGGAAACGGCAGUGAGAAACAACACGUGGAUGACAACGAUGAUAUCGAGCACGUGCUGCGAUUCUUUUUGAAUGGACAGCUUUUGAGGUCCACAUGGAACGAUAUCCCGCGGGAUGAAAUCUCUCUCAAAGAGUUUGCCCAUUUGGCAUCUACAGUGGGAAAUGAAGCCACCACCAACACGACAUGACAUGCUAAAUACAACACAACUCAGCAC